CUGGUCCCGGCGGUAAGAUGGCGGCUGCCGCGGAGUGCGAUGUGGUAAUGGCGGAGACCGAGCCAGAGCUGCUAGACGACGAGGAAGCGAAGAGGGAAGCAGAGUCUUUCAAGGAACAAGGAAAUGCAUACUAUGCCAAGAAAGAUUACAAUGAAGCUUAUAACUAUUAUACAAAAGCCAUAGAUAUGUGUCCUAAAAAUGCUAGCUAUUACGGGAAUCGAGCAGCCACCUUGAUGAUGCUCGGAAAGUUCCGGGAAGCUCUCGGAGAUGCACAGCAGUCAGUGAGGUUGGAUGACAGUUUUGUUCGGGGACAUCUACGAGAGGGCAAAUGCCACCUAUCUCUAGGGAAUGCCAUGGCGGCACGUCGUAGUUUCCAGAGAGCCCUAGAACUGGAUCACAAAAAUGCUCAGGCACAACAGGAGUUCAAGAAUGCUAAUGCAGUCAUAGAAUAUGAGAAAAUAGCAGAAACGGAUUUUGAGAAGCGGGAUUUUCGGAAGGUUGUUUUUUGCAUGGACCGUGCCCUAGAAUAUGCCCCUGCCUGCCAUCGCUUCAAAAUCAUCAAAGCAGAAUGUUUAGCAAUGCUGGGUCGUCAUCCAGAAGCACAGUCUGUGGCCAGUGACAUUUUACGAAUGGAUUCCACCAAUGCUGAUGCUCUAUAUGUACGAGGUCUUUGCCUUUAUUAUGAAGAUUGUAUUGAGAAGGCGGUUCAGUUUUUUGUCCAAGCUCUCCGGAUGGCUCCUGACCAUGAGAAGGCCUGCGUCGCUUGCAGAAAUGCCAAAGCACUUAAAGCAAAGAAAGAAGAUGGGAAUAAAGCAUUUAAAGAAGGAAAUUAUAAGCUAGCAUAUGAACUGUACACAGAAGCCCUGGGGAUAGACCCCAAUAAUAUAAAAACAAAUGCUAAACUCUACUGUAAUCGGGGUACGGUUAAUUCCAAGCUUAGGAAACUAGAUGAUGCAAUAGAAGACUGCACAAAUGCAGUGAAGCUUGAUGACACUUAUAUAAAAGCCUACUUGAGAAGAGCUCAGUGUUACAUGGACACAGAACAGUAUGAAGAAGCAGUACGGGACUAUGAAAAAGUAUAUCAGACGGAGAAAACAAAAGAACACAAACAGCUCCUAAAAAAUGCACAGCUGGAACUGAAGAAGAGUAAGAGGAAAGAUUACUACAAGAUUCUUGGAGUAGACAAGAAUGCCUCUGAGGACGAGAUCAAGAAAGCUUAUCGGAAACGGGCCUUGAUGCACCAUCCAGAUCGGCACAGUGGAGCCAGUGCUGAAGUUCAGAAGGAGGAGGAGAAAAAGUUCAAGGAAGUCGGAGAAGCUUUUACCAUACUCUCUGAUCCCAAGAAAAAGACUCGAUACGACAGUGGACAAGACCUGGAUGAAGAGGGCAUGAAUAUGGGUGAUUUUGAUGCAAACAAUAUCUUCAAGGCAUUCUUUGGCGGUCCUGGGGGCUUCAGCUUUGAAGCAUCUGGUCCAGGGAAUUUCUUUUUUCAGUUUGGCUAAUGAAAGGAAACCACCCGGAGCCCAGAAAAUGCAGACUUGCUCAGUUUAACCUCGAAUGUGGACACAGUUCACCUCCUCCCUUCAUUAUGAUCCACGUACUUAGAGCAGUUUCAUUUUCUCAGCUGGAUACCCGGUGUCUGUGUGAGUGGGGUGAAGGAAAGGGAGCCAGCGCCGAAGACUGCGGGUAGGGGAGGGAGGUGGGGGGUGGACAGGGCAGCUUAUGAAUU